AUGCUUCUGCUGGGCAUCUUAGCCUUGGCUGUCGCCGCGCGACCCGCUGGCGGCUCUGAGCCAGAGAGGGAGGUAGUUGUUCCUAUCCGACUGGACCCGGACAUCAACGGCCGCCACUACUACCGGCCGGGUCCCGAGGACUCCGGGGAUCAGGGGCUUAUUUUUCAGAUCACAGCAUUUCAAGAAGAUUUUUACCUACACCUGACGCCGGAUGCUCAGUUUUUGGCGCCCGCCUUCGCCACCGAGCAUUUGGGUGUCCCCCUCCAGGGACUCACUGGGAGCUCUUCAGACCUGCGACGCUGCUUCUACUCCGGGGACGUGAACGCUGAGCCCGACUCGUUCGCCGCUGUGAGCCUGUGCGGGGGUCUACGUGGAGCCUUUGGCUACCGAGGGGCCGAGUAUGUCAUUAGACCGCUGCCCAACGCUAGCGCGCCGGGGGCGCAGCGCAACAGCCAGGGCGCACACCUUCUCCAGCGCCGAGGUGCCCCCGGAGGGCCUUUCGGAGACCCCACCUCUCGCUGUGGGGUGGCCUCGGGCUGGACCCCUGCCAUCUUGCGGGCUCUGGACCCUUACAAGCCGCAGCGGGCGCGCUCGGGGGAGAAUCGCAGCCGGCGCAGGUCCGGGCGCGCCAAGCGCUUCGUGUCCAUCCCGCGGUACGUGGAGACGCUGGUGGUGGCCGACGAGUCAAUGGUCAAGUUCCACGGCGCGGACUUGGAGCAUUAUCUGCUUACGCUGCUGGCCACGGCGGCGCGACUUUACCGCCACCCCAGCAUCCUCAACCCCAUCAACAUCGUUGUGGUCAAGGUGUUGCUUCUUGGAGAUCGUGACACUGGCCCCAAGGUCACAGGCAACGCAGCCAUGACUCUGCGCAACUUCUGCGCCUGGCAAAAGAAGCUGAACAAAGUGAGUGACAAGCACCCUGAAUACUGGGACACUGCCAUCCUCUUCACCAGGCAGGACCUGUGCGGAGCCACCACCUGUGACACCCUGGGCAUGGCCGACGUGGGCACCAUGUGUGACCCCAAGAGAAGCUGCUCUGUCAUUGAGGACGACGGGCUCCCUUCAGCCUUCACCACUGCACACGAGCUGGGCCACGUGUUCAACAUGCCCCAUGACAAUGUGAAGGUGUGUGAGGAGGUGUUUGGGAAGCUCCGAGCCAACCACAUGAUGUCCCCAACCCUCAUCCAGAUCGACCGUGCCAACCCCUGGUCAGCCUGCAGUGCUGCCAUUAUCACUGACUUUCUGGACAGUGGGCAUGGUGACUGUCUCCUGGACCAGCCCAGCAAACCCAUCUCCUUGCCCGAGGACCUGCCAGGUGCUAGCUAUACCCUGAGCCAGCAGUGUGAGCUGGCCUUUGGUGUGGGCUCCAAGCCCUGUCCUUACAUGCAGUACUGUACCAAGCUGUGGUGCACCGGCAAGGCCAAGGGGCAGAUGGUGUGCCAGACACGCCACUUUCCCUGGGCAGAUGGCACCGGCUGUGGCGAGGGCAAGUUCUGCCUCAAGGGGACCUGUGUGGAGAGACACAACCUCAGCAAGUACAGGGUGGAUGGCUCCUGGGCCAAAUGGGAGGCCUAUGGGCCCUGCUCCCGCACCUGUGGUGGGGGCGUGCAGCUGGCCCAGAGGCAGUGCAGCAACCCCACCCCUGCCAACGGGGGCAAGUACUGCGAGGGAGUGAGGGUGAAGUACCGAUCUUGCAACCUGGAGCCCUGCCCCAGCUCAGCCUCUGGUAAGAGCUUCCGGGAGGAGCAGUGUGAGGCUUUCAAUGGCUACAACCACAGCACCAACCGGCUCACUCUCACCGUGGCCUGGGUGCCCAAGUACUCAGGUGUGUCUCCCCGGGACAAGUGCAAGCUCAUCUGCCGAGCCAACGGCACUGGCUACUUCUACGUGCUGGCACCCAAGGUGGUGGACGGCACACCGUGUACUCCUGACUCCACCUCCGUCUGUGUCCAAGGCAAGUGCAUCAAGGCUGGCUGUGAUGGGAACCUGGGCUCCAAGAAGAGGUUUGACAAGUGUGGGGUGUGUGGGGGAGACAAUAAGAGCUGCAAGAAGGUGACUGGACUCUUCACCAAGCCCAUGCACGGCUACAAUUUUGUGGUGGCCAUCCCCGCAGGGGCCUCUAGCAUCGACAUCCGCCAGCGUGGCUACAAGGGGCUGAUUGGGGACGACAACUACUUGGCCCUGAAGAACAGCCAAGGCAAGUACCUGCUCAACGGGCACUUCGUGGUGUCGGCAGUGGAGCGGGACCUGGUGGUGAAGGGCAGCCUGCUGCGGUACAGUGGCACGGGCACAGCGGUGGAGAGCCUGCAGGCCUCCCGGCCCAUCCUGGAGCCCCUGACUGUCGAGGUCCUCUCCGUGGGGAAGAUGACGCCUCCCCGAGUCCGCUACUCCUUCUAUCUGCCCAAAGAGCCUCGGGAGGAUAAGUCCUCCCACGCCAAGGACCCCCGGGGCCCUUCUGUGCUGCACAACAGCGUCCUCAGCCUCUCCAACCAGGUGGAGCAGCCGGACGACAGGCCCCUGGCGCGCUGGGUGGCGGGCAGCUGGGGGCCCUGCUCUGUGAGCUGCGGCAGUGGCCUGCAGAGGCGGGUGGUGGACUGCCGGGGCUCCCCUGGGCAGCAUGUGGCCUCUGCCUGCGAUGCUGCCCACCGGCCAGUGGAGACACGGGGCUGUGGGGAGCCCUGCCCUACUUGGGAGCCUGGCACCUGGUCACCCUGCUCUAAGAGCUGUGGCCGGGGAUUUAAGAGGCGCCCACUCAAGUGUCUGGGCCAUGGAGGCCGGCUGCUGGCCCGGGACCAGUGCAACCUGCGACGCAAGCCCCAGGAACUGGACUUCUGCAUUUUGAGACCAUGCUGA